AUGAUGCCGCCGUACAGUAUCCCUUCUACGAUGCGAGCGGCGGUGAUUGAGGAAUUCAAAAAGCCGUACCGAUUCCGAGAAAUUCCGACCCCGACAGAACCAACCGGCCAUGACCUACUCAUUAAAGUCUUAGCGGCUUCUUACUGUCACACAGACGCAGUAUUGGUCGAAGGCAAGAUGUCCCAAGAUUUGCCUCGGAUCGGGUGCCAUGAAUUUGCAGGCCGUGUGGUAGCCGCAGGCCCAGAUGUUUCCAAAAGUCUCAACAUUGCAAUUGGCGACGAAGUCGGAGUUCCUGGCCGAGCGUAUCAUCCAUGCGGAGUAUGCGAUGAAUGUACGCUGGAUCAUGGCGACCCUGUGGGUUACUCGCCAUAUUGCCUCAAAGCAAAAAAUCUUGGCCUUACAAUGAACGGCGGGUUCUGCGAAUACGCUUUGGUUGACAGUCAGCAAGUCGCACCUAUUCCAGAAGAUAUGACAGCUUUAGAAGCAGCACCUCUUAUGUGCGCCGGACUAACCAUAUGGUCUGCGCUUGAGCGUGUCAAAGAGGCCAACACCAUUGCGAUAAUUGGUGCGGGUGGUGGGCUUGGCCAUCUCGGCGUUCAAUUUGCGGCUCAUCUUGGAAAGCGGACACUCGCUGUAGACAGAGGCGAUAAGCCUCUGAACUUGUUAAAAAGCGUGGUUGAUCAGAUGGGCUCUUCGACCCCGGGGAGCACAGUACUCGUGGACUCUCUUGUACGUGAUCCAAAAGAUGUGGUACAAGAUGUUACAGACGGUGGAGUCGAAGCAGUCAUAUUUCUACCAGAGUCCCAGGCAGCUUUUGAUUAUGGCAUUCAGCUAUUGAGAAAUCACGGUACUAUGGUAGUAGUCAGUUUCCCUGAUGAGCUAAAGUUCAGUGCCAAAGACCUCGUUUUUCGAGAUAUCAAGGUCAUCGGGAGCUUGGUGGGACGCAACCAUCAGCUGAGACAAAUGCUUAAUUUUGCUGCGAAAAACAGGAUCAAAGCAGCCACGAAGUUAUAUACUCUAGAGGAUCUGAAUGAGCUUGUCAAUCAACAUCGUGUUGGAGUAGGCGGGAAACUUGUUAUUGACAUGGACCAAAAAGGUAAGAGUGAAAAAUCUCUCACCUGA